AUGAUGUCGGCCGGUCCUGCUCACCACCAACUGCCCAUCACCCAGGCGCAAAUCCAACAAGAAUCACACCGUCGCGAGGCCGUCAACCACCUGGCUAAGCUCCGGAGUCGCAAACCUACCGACAAGACCCUACCCGAUGGCGUCGAAGAGACUUUGGUGGGCGAGGGCGAUGUCGCUGUGGCUUACAAGAAGCUACGCGAUUUCGAGAGGCGGCUGGAUGCUACCAUGAGUCGCAAGAGGUUGGAUAUCGUGGAUUCGGUUAGCAGGAAUGCAAAGCGGUACAAGACACUCCGCGUUUGGAUCACCAACACCGUCGAAGACCAGUACUGGCAGAAUAACAACUUCAACGUCGACAGCUUCGACUUCCCUUCCAACCUCGAAUCCACAUACCGCGUCAAGAUCGAAGGCCGACUACUCGACGACGAAGACGAGAUCACAAAGGACGAGGAGGAUGGAGAUAAGAUGGACACAACCGACGACAGCACAAAGACAGCAACAAAGUCUGGAGCGAAACCCGUCCCCGCUAAGCCCGGCCAGCGCUACCGCUUCUCCCACUUCUUCAAAGCCCUCACAGUCGACUUCGACCAGCCCACCGCCUCGGGCCGUCUGCCCGUCGACACCACCGCGAUAGAAUGGAAGAAACCCGAGCGCACGCCCGCCGGUUCCAACCUGCCCGCCUCGGCCGACUUCGACGAGCUGACCUUCAAGCGCCACGGGGACGAGAAUGUUAACAUCACCAUCAACCUCUACCGCCACGAAGACCCGGAGCGUUACGAGCUCUCCCCCGAGCUAUCGGACGUGAUCGAUAUGACGGAGGCAACCCGCCAGGAAGCCGUUGCCGGCUUGUUCGAGUACAUCAAGUUGAUGAAGCUACAAGAAGACGACGAGAAGCGCAACUUUCGGUGCGACGACCUGCUGCAGAAGCUUAUUGGGAGAGAGUCGGGUCACAUUCCCCAGCUGAACGAAUACGUCACCCCGCACUUGAGACCACUGCCGCCCAUCAAGCUCCCUUAUACCAUCCGCGUGGACCAAGAAUUCCAUUCCGCGCCGGACGCCCCCAAACCGACCAUCUACGACAUCCGUGUCUCCGUUGACGACCCCUUACGUUCGAAGCACUUGGUGCCGUUCAUCCACAACCCCUCGUACGCUCAAACGCUCCGCGAGAUUCAUCAGCUAGAUGAGUCCCUGGCGGUGCUCAUACAAGCCGUUGGCGACUCCAAGGCCAAACAUACGUUCCUGACCUCCAUGGCCAAUGACCCCGUUGGCUUCGUCAAGAACUGGUUGUCAAGCCAGAAGCGGGAUCUGGAGGUGAUUAUGGGCGAAGCCACGAGGGCCGGGGCGGCGGUGGAAGACCCCGUGGGCGACGAGUGGAGGAGGGGUGGAAAGGGGAGUGUUUGGGAUACGAGUAAUGCGCGGGAGAGUGUUAAUGUGCUAUUGAGUAAGCAGGGUUUUACGGCGGGGCAUCGCUAG